GGCCUGCGGCUUUGACUCAGUAUCCCCGGAGCGACCGACUCGUGUAUCUCGUGAAGGUUGCUGCGUUUCCGCGCUCCAGCGUGCGCGUACGAUACAGUGGAAGCGGUUCCAGACAAACGCGCGCGCGCACACACACACACACACAUACACACAUGCGUAAGUGUCGAAACAGCGCGACGUUUCCACAUACACGUACACACAUACAAGUCGCGACAUUACGUUCCCGCCGUUCGCCAGACACGUGCAUACACCUGUUCGUCGCGGCAGCUCAAACGGAACGCGGCCGCGGAACAGCAAACGCGUGUGCGCAAAGUGUCAAAAAGAAGAAACCCAGCUUCUCCGGAGAGGACUGCAGGGAUUUGGUUAUUCGCGUGUGAGUGAACGGAUUUUGCUUAAUCAAGAAACGGAGUGAAGUUGUCCCUCCGCGCAUCUCGAGGAUUGCUACAUUCGAGUGAAGUCAUUCGAUAGCUCGAGAGCUUCGCGUUAUCGUACAUCUUCACGUCUUACGACAUGUCUGAAGAUUGAAGGAUCGAAAAAGAAGCAGUAAUCGGAUCCGAUCGUAAAUUGCGCGCGUCUGACAAGAAAGGAAGAAGAAUAUACGCGACGUUAUCGAUGCUUCUCCGAUUUCUAUGAACUCGGAUCGCCCCGAUACGCGGAACACGUGCUGGACACGUCGUGGCUCGUGCCUCGAGUCGAGAAAAGCAGGUGCCGAGUCAAACUUUCGCGCGCGUCGUCGCUUUCUCCUCGUCAAACGAAUUCGACACGAGCCCGAGCUUCUUCGAAUAAUAUCCCGUCAAUCGGAAUUUGUGGAAACGAAGUGAAGCGAAGUGACGCCAUUCACUAAUAGCUUCGCGCGCAAAAAAAAAAAAGACAGCCGCUCGAGCGAACCAAGGAAGGAAAAUACACGAAGAAAGAAAAAGAAGAUCUUAUAUCUCAUGAAGAUUACAUCGUAAAGUAGUCACACGAGUUAUUCGAAAGGUACACUUGUGUCGCGAAGGUGGUGGAGCCUCUAACCUCGUUUUUCCUCGAACGUCGCUUCUGUGACGAGGAUCCUCUAGAUCCUUACGAGGACGCGAAUUCUCCGGUUAACAACAACAGUGUCGAGUGUUCAGUGUUUCUAGAACGACGAGAAAAAUCCCUUUUGAACACUUGGAUCCAGUGGAUAUUCGGUGUAUUUAUUUGGUGCGCGGACCGGAUGGAUCUACGGUGUGCAGUGUGCCGAUAAAAGCGAUCGAUCAAAAUAAAUUCGGUGAGAGUGGUGAGAGAAAGAGAACGAGGGAUACAAGAGGACACCUUGAGGAAGGAGUGCUUCCGGGAAGAGGCCGAGGAACGGCGCGGGGAUAUCGGUGAUAUGCGGUAGUCGAGGGGAUUCCCCAGGGAGAGACAUGAGGGCGGCCGCCGCCUACGUCCUGUUCCUUGCCCACCUUAUACAGGCGACAACCGCGAGCGGAUACUUUGAGGUGCAGAUCCUCUCGCUGACGAACAACAGGGGCACCCUGGUAGACGGUAGGUGUUGCGGCGGGGGAGAUGGGGGCGGAAAAGGAGGAUUCCCGCCAUGCACGACACCCUGCUCGACGGCCUUCUGGCUCUGCCUCAAGGAGUAUCAGUCGAACGUCACCGCCAUCGGCUCCUGCAGCUUCGGCAACGUAUCUAGUCACGCUCUCGGCCCGAACACCUUUACCCUCACCGAACCCGUCACCCUGCAACUACACUUCACCUUCCGAUGGACGAGGCAAUUCACGUUGAUCCUGCAAGCGAGGGAUGAGAUAAGCGCGGGCGUGAUCGAGGAGGCGAGUUACAGCGGCAUCGUCCUGCCAGGAUCUACGUGGCACACUCUCAAUCAUCAAGGGAGGAACGCUCACUUGGCGUAUCGGGUGCGAGUCCAGUGCGCCGAUCAUUACUACAAUGCGACCUGCACCAAGUUCUGCCGACCUAGAAACGACAUUUUCGGUCAUUACACCUGCGACGAGAACGGGGACAAAGUGUGUAUUCAGGGGUGGAAAGGCGUCGACUGCGAGACAGCCGUUUGCAAGGAGGGCUGCCAUCCGGUGCACGGUCACUGCAACGUCAGCGGCGAGUGCCAGUGUCGACAUGGGUGGCGAGGCGAGCUGUGCGACCAGUGCAUGCCAUAUCCCGGAUGCAAGCACGGCUACUGCAACGGCUCGAGCUGGCAGUGCAUCUGCGACACCAACUGGGGUGGCAUCCUCUGCGACCAGGACCUCAACUACUGCGGCACCCAUGAGCCGUGCCAGAACGGCGGCACCUGCGAGAACACCGCGCCCGAUCAGUACCGUUGCACGUGUCCGGACGGCUUCUCCGGGCCCACUUGCGAGAAGGUCGACAAUCCGUGCGCGUCCAGUCCCUGCCUGAACGGCGCGAGCUGUCACGAGCUGGGCGAGAGCGCGCACUGCGAGUGCGCCCCGGGUUUCGCCGGGACCUACUGCGCGACCGACAUCGACGAAUGCGCCUCGCAGCCCUGUCAGAACGGCGGUACCUGCGUGAACGGCAAGAAUAGCUUCACGUGUAACUGCCCGCCCGCCUGGCAGGGCGCCCUCUGUCAGUUCGACGUCGACGAGUGCACCCUCAAGGAAUCACCCUGCAAAAAUUCGCUUACCUGUAUCAAUUUGGCCGGCGACUACAGGUGCCGAUGCCGGAGCGGCUUCACCGGCAAGAACUGUACGAAGAACAUCAACGACUGCGUUGGCCAGUGUCAGCAUGGCGCGCUCUGCAUCGACCUGGUGGACGACUAUCACUGCAGCUGCACCCCCGGCUACUCCGGAAAGGACUGUGACGUCGACAUCGACGAGUGCGCGUCCAAGCCAUGCCAGAACGGCGGCGACUGCCGGGACCUGGUAAACGCUUACAAGUGCGUGUGUCCCGUAGGCUUCAACGGCUAUCAGUGCGAGAUCGAUCGCGAUCACUGCAGCCCGAAUCCUUGUCGCAACUCGGCGCCGUGCUUCAACACGCAGACCGACUAUUAUUGCCACUGCCCAUCACAGUGGCAGGGUAAGAACUGUUCAGAGCCGGUCUCGCAUAACUCGCAGUUCGGGGUAAUAGACGACGAGUACGGCUGCGGCAGCGAGAGCACUCCAUGUGGCGGUCGAGGCCGAUGUAGCGACGGCAGAUGCAUCUGCGAUCCCGGAUACACCGGCAUGCACUGCCACGAGAACAUCAACGAUUGUAGUGGCAAUCCCUGCUUGAACGGCGGCACGUGCGUCGACCUGGUUAAUUCCUUCCAGUGCAUCUGUUGGCAGGGUUGGAGUGGAGACCUUUGCGAUCAGAACGAUGACGACUGCGUGAAGCAACCCUGUCGCAAUAACGGUACCUGCGUGGACGGCGUGGCGGACUUCACCUGCAUCUGCCGGGACGGUUGGAAGGGCAAGACGUGCACGCUUCUCGGUGGUCACUGCGAGCCGGGCACUUGCAAGAACGGCGGUACCUGUCAGGAUCGUGGCGAUGGCUUCACGUGUCACUGCCCGCGCGGUUGGGAGGGCGCGGCCUGCCACAUCGCGUCGCCAUCGGCGUGCGCGAGCUCGCCCUGCAUGAACGGUGCUACUUGCGUAAACACUAACGACGGUGGCAAUUACCGCUGCGUAUGCCGCGAGGGUUUCGAGGGACCAAACUGCCGACGCAACGUGGACGAUUGUCAAUCGCAGCCCUGUCUAAAUGGCGGUAAAUGCGUAGAUGGAGUCAAUUGGUUCAGAUGCGAAUGCGCGCCCGGUUUCACCGGCCCGGACUGUCGUAUCAAUGUCAACGAGUGCGCGAGCGAUCCGUGCAUCGGCGGGGCCACUUGCGUGGAUGGCAUCGCGAACUAUUCGUGUAUCUGUCCGCCCGGAAGGACCGGCACGCGAUGCGAGAUUCGCACGGCUGCUUGCCCCGUGUGGGAGGAUGACUGCAACAUGUGCGAAUGCCGGAACAGCAAGAAUCAGUGCAGCAACGUCUGGUGCGGGCCGGGUAAUUGCCUGAACGGUACCUCCUGUCUGGCCCACGAAGUCUGCGUUCCUAGCCCGGGCGAGAGUUGCCUGGUGCCGCCAUGUCCAGCGUGGGGCGAAUGUCGUCCCGUUGAAACCGGAAGACGAGUUGGUCCGCCAGCUUUACCGGCUCCACCAUCCUGCUGGCCCGGACAGUCGACUCUCGGGCCGACUUGUUCGCGGCUCACGAUAAUUCUGCGAAGGGAUACUCUAGCGCCCGGAACAUCGGUGGAACUGCUGUGCCGUCGCUUGAGGAAGCUUCUGGCCGAUCCACGAAGGCCCCAGGUGGUGGUACUGCUAUGCGAUCUGAAACCUGGUGUUAACGAUACGGUGGAAGUAACCAUCUUCUCCGAAGCGGCGGCUGAUGCAGCGCGAGAUCUCGGCGAGGUGCUGAGUCGUCCGCUGGCGGGACCUCUCGUUUUAACUUCCAUGCGAGAAGUCAAAGUAGAGACGGCGUUCCCCAGUUCGGCUAAUGCAGCCAACACCGGUGGCUACGUGGCCGUUUUAGGCGGUGCUCUAACGACCGUGCUGCUGUUGACAUUGUUCGGCGGUCUCUGGUAUCUCAAAACCAUGAGACAUAGAUCGAACCUAACGGCAACUACCAGUAGCGAGACCUCGCUACAUCGCCAUCGUAGCGAUCUGGACGAGAAGUCUAAUAAUCUUCAGAAUGAGGAGAAUCUGAGAAGAUAUGCCAAUCCGCUCAAGGAUCAGGAUCCCGAACCUAGAAUAUCUGUCGUGAGACCUUUGUCGGGUGCCUCGCUCGGCACCUUGACUGGCGUCGAGGAGAGUCUCGAAAUGGUAUCCGAGGAAGGUAAACGUCGCUUGCCGCCGCUCUACAAACCGCCCAGCGCGGAAGCCAGGAAUAAUAUGGCCAGUUUUAGUUACGAAGAAGGACCGCAUAAGCCUUACAGCAAGCCCAGAUUACAGGAACCACCAUACCCUCAUCAACAACCGGGUACCAGCCAAACAUCGGGGCCGCAUCAAAUUCUAACAGUACACGUGUGAUUAAUUGUCAUGGCAGUAAACAAUUGGAGAACAAGUGUCGGUGAAUUUUUUUUUUUUUUUUUUUUAAAUUAGCAUCGAUAAACGUGAAAGAAAGUUCUCAGAAAGAACCGCCGAUAGUGAAGAUAGAAGAUCUUAGAACGACGUCUAAAGACUAUGUAAGAGUUUAAACAAUUUGAUUCUUUGUGAUAAUAAAAAAAUGUGACUCUUUCGACUUCGGAAUAACUUGAGAUGGCUCUGAGAUUUUUUCCUUAAAAUUGAGCCAACGUUUAGAACAUAUUGGGGACAGAUGCAGGAAAAAGAGAAAGAAGACGUAUGAUUCUUAUCGUGGAUUUUAUUAUGAAA